UUAAUCUAGAUUUAAAAGAACAUCUUCACUAUUCUUCAUAUAGAGUUGACGUGAUAGUGCUUUGCAUUUAUGUUGACUCUUUUUUUCAUCACUGCCUAUAAACAUAUUAUUUCCUUACUGCUGUAAUAAACCGGUACCUUCAUUUAGAUCUGUCCCAUCCACUUUCACCAUUUUGUAUUUCUCCAUCUACAUCCUGGAGAGAGUAUGAUGAUAACCCCAGAGAGGAAAUUAAAAUGCUAUGCAGUCUUAUGACUGUUUGAUAAUCACGCACAGUUGAAGCAGACAGUGUGCUGAAGCUCCUCUUUGUUUUGUGCAAGGCCAUGCAGCUGAACAACACGGAUGUGGUGUUGUGUGGUGGUUUGUAACCUCUGAGGCUGCAUUAACUACCAGAGCUUGUAUUCUUCAUGUACAGAUUAUAUCGCUGAAAUUGAAAGAUGCAGACACUGAAUGUGACACGCCUCACAUGUGAGAUGCAAAGGUUUUUUGUGCACUACAACGGUUCACAGGCUCUGCCCUGUCUAACCAUCUCUGCCCAUUUGAAUUGCCGUCUGCACAUGAAGAAUUGAUGACAUGUCAAACCUGUAGAAAUCAAUGAUUUACAAGAGAUCUCUACUGCAUCUUGACACAUGGGAAGUGUAAUCGAAGAGGCAUGUAAAAACACUUUUGUGUAGUGGACUGCUGUGUGUCUGUGUGUGUGAGUGUGUUAGUAUCCCACUGUGUGAAUGGAAGAAACCAGCCCUGAAGGCUAUCCUUUUGCUCUGAUCACUCUGAUGAAACUCGUGGAGAGGGAAGGCCAGAGGGCUUUUCUGUGAGAGCGGUCAGAGUGUUUUAGAGGCAGCAUCUUGCCCUGUAAAACACCCCGGCUCUUUCUUACAUCAGACAGCAGGGCAAAGGAUAUGAUCUUCCCCUGCUAGACAGCUCUACCUUGCUCAAACAGCCUCGUCAAAACAGCAGCAUGAUUGUGUGUUAAGCUAUUUGCUUGUCUGGAGGGCGUAUGGUAUUUCUUCUUUUUUUUUUUUGAUACGCGCGUGUGUGUGGGAAGGUUCUUGUUAGUGUCAGGAUGUCUUCAAGGUAGAACAGAAAUGCUUUGACCCAUCAUCCAGCGCCCCGCUAACUUAAUUAGUGUGGCGCUAAGCACCUCUACACCGGAAGGGGGCUCAAAUCAAAGAGCAUGAUUUAGGAGUCUUGGGUUCAAAGCCCUGGGCAGAGACUGGACUACGCUGUCUCAUUUCAGUGAGAAAUAUUCAAAUCGUGUCCAUGUGAGGAAAUCAAAGUAAAGCCCCUUAACAAGUACUUGAUUGCUGUGCCUCACAGACAGGAAGCGGCUGUAGAAUCUUGUCAGAGCUGUGUGCACAAGAAGUAGUUCAAGGGCCAGUUAAUGGUCAUUGAGAAUGUGGUGGGAAGGUCUUCUUCAGAAGAGCCUUGUGAUUAUAUGGCUGCUGGAGUAAUAAUGAGGGAGAUCGCUCUGCCCUACAUGGUUCGAGUCAGACUGAAGAUCAAUUUCUGUUCUUGGAGGGAAAACAUUGGCUUGCCCAAUACGCCAGUCCACACUGCAGCUCGUAAUGUGAGCUUGGCAGUCUUGUUUGUGUGUGUGUGUGUGUGUAAGUGUGUGUGUGUUUAGGAGGUCUUCCCAGUCCAACCCAGACCACAGGGAUGGGCCGUGUCUCUGACUAACUCCCCACUCUGCUUGAGUGAUCAAACUGCUGGAAGCUCCCCGCCAUGCCAGUCCCCUCAUCAAUAUAAAUUACAGGGGCAGCUGUUCACUGGCACUCUCCUCUCCUCUCCUCUCCUCUCCUCUCCCUCUCCUCCACCUUUCUUUCAUCCACUCAACUGGACUCAUCAUUGCGCUAUCAGAAGGUGAAGUGUUCUAGAUGAAAACAGAUACUUUUUUCAUUGUGCCAAUGAUCUCAGAGGGAAGAGAGGGUGCUGCUGUUGUAAAUUAUGAUCAGUCAGUCAAACCCGUCUUUCUUCAUUCUCAACAAGGGGUGGCCCCUCAUUGUUUUGUUUUCUUACCACACGGCUGUAAUUCUCAGCAAGAAGUGAGCUGUGGUUUUCCUGUACAUCUCCCUGACAGUUUUACAUGUGCUGUAUGGACUUUCCGCAGCGUAUGAUUUAUUUGUAAAACUGCCUCUGUCAAAAUGAGGUAACAUCAAGAGUUUGAAUUCUAUUUAUUUUAUCUCUUUGAUGGCGGACACAAGAUAUAUGCCGUCACUUUCUCCUACCUCGGCAGGGGUGCAUUUCCUGUGAGAUGAAUUUCUGUUUGGACCUGUUGAGAGAGACGGUGUGGAGUGGAGGAUCAGAUGCAGCGGCUGAUUACACUGAGAUUAGACGUCUCACCUCUAAUCUUCCAUCAGCAGUCUGGGGCUCUGUCUCAGCUCAAAUAGCAGAGAGCUAGCUAACACACACACACACACAAACACACACAGGUCAUGUAACCAGGAUGCUCUUCCCCCAAACAGAGCAGAUCUCCUGAUUACCGAGAGCUAAUCCACUCUCUUGUAGCUGUACAUGUACAAUAUACUGAGUUUCUGCUGACUGUUCAGACUAAGAGACACAACAAAAUAAUGGCUUAUAUAUUGCAUUAUUUUUUGCAGUGUGCUUUAUUUAAAUAUAAAGCAAAACAUACCAGAUAAAUCCACAAUAUUCUAAUAUUUACAAAUAAUAGAAACCAUAUAAUAUUACAGCAAAAUCCAAUUUAUCAAAAAACGACAUCCUUAAAUAUCACUGUAUUAAGUGAGAAAACUGAGAAACGCUGUCACAAAGGCACUAUUCAUGAUUAUUCAAGCAAUUUAACAUUAUUGUAUUUGAUUUCAUUAUAUUUCACAGGUGUUGACACGCUGUUAUUCCUCCAGUCCCCUUCAUCGAUGUGUAGCAGUGUGUGUGUCUCUAGAUUGGGAGUAGAGUGGCCAGAGGGAGGCAGUAGUAUAAAUGUAACUCAGAGAAAGGAAGUAAGGAGACAGACGAUGCCUCCUCUCUUCAGUCGUACAGAUCCGCUGUAGAGAGUCCCACUUUUUUCACACUUAACAGUAUUUAUCUCCAUUGUGGUGACAGACUCCUCACACUGAUUGAGAAACAUGGCCUCGCUUCUGCAGCUUCAUUUAUUUGCGAGCGGCGUGCACAGGGCUGCUCUCAUCAGAGAUCUGCACUCAUAUUGCAAUAGCAAGAGCACGGCCCAUUUUUAACAAAGGAAGCAGAUGAUUUAGAUUAUUCUGCACAAAGAGUAUAAAGUUACAUUUAAAUUACAACAGUCACUGAGACUCACUCAAAGAUUUCAUGGCUUUGUGCUUUUGAAAAUUCUCUGAUGAAAGUAGUCUGGUGUGUGUUUGGGAAAAUAUGCUAACAACAUUAUUAAUCCCAACAAUGCUGCCUGUGUUCACAUGGCACAAUGACAGCAUUUACCCCCGUGAAGCAUCUGCUUUACCUCUAAAUGACACGGCAGAGCCUGCUCAGAGUAGUAGAAUGCAAAUGCACUGGCUCUGUGAGUUGAGGUAUUUUCAGUUAAUCAAACAUGAGAUUUAUGGUCCUUAAUAGUGCUGUACAUUGCCAAUUUAGGAGAAUAAUAUGUCCCAGUUGCUGUCUAAUUUUGCUUGGCAACAGGCGCACUCCUGUGGAAUCGCCCGGGGCAGUGUGAGUUGUCUCUGCAUAGCCCAGUGUUCGCAUGCUCAGUGGUUGUUUGAAGGUAUUUCAUCACAUUGUUGCCUUGAUUCAGCUCUGUGGGGAUUUGUUAGUUGCACUCAUGUGGGAAGUGCAUCCAGUACAUUGUUAAGCUAGGGCUGAUAAUGAAGAUCAGCCAGCCAGAGUCCCCUGAGCUACGCUGAGAGAGAUCGUCUAGUGAGACGCGCAGCACAGACAUAGUGGAGCAGGACGAGCGCACGCAGCAAUACACACAGACGCAGAGGAAUCAUCAGCACAAAGCAUACAACACUGAGCUGUGUAUUAGAGAAAGAACACAAUACAGUAACACGUACGGUACAUUAGAUUUCUAUCAAACUUGUUAUACCUUGUUGUUCUUACAAAACACAACUCCAACCUUGUAAAAUUGCCACUGUUGUGUUUAAACGUUAGUUAAGCAAAAUUGCAAUCAUUUUAAUGCCACUGCCUUUUUGUUAGAAUUGAUAUUGACAAAGCAGGGCAACAAUAAAAAUAGCAGCUCUUUCUGUGGAAAGUUAUUUGAUUCUCAGCAUGGUGCUAGAACGUUUUGUUUCCUCUCCUCCCGCAGCAACAUUGAACACUUUAAUUGACACAAUCUUUUCCCCCCUCUGUACUGUAGGUUAUGUUUCAUCCUACUCUAUUUGUUUGUUCCACAAAAAGAGUAUUUUCUUUUCGGACAUUUGGGUUUAAUCUAUAAUAGACGGCUAUUUUUUUUCUGAAAUAGGUCAGUGUAAUCACAACAGUGAGGGAUGGACAGUCACUGUAAAAGGGAAAUCAAUAGAGCUAUCUAUUUGUCGUAAACCAGGCCAGCAUGAUUUUUCUCCAUUUUUCCUCCCCUGCCAUAUUUUUUCCUCUCCAACACAAUAUGGCAGGCCCUCAUUUUUCAGUAAAAGCAUUAUGUCUGCCAUUUUGUAAAAUUGCAAAUGGCCUUUGAAAGUGCACUUUCUUUGCAUAAGUUUCUGUGGGUAAGGACGCUUCUUUUUAUUGCCUCCUGGGGGCCCACUGUGUUUUAUAAGGAAGGGAAUAGUGAGGGGGGCCGCAGGGUUUUGCGACAGCUUUUUGUUAGGCUGGGGGUGCUCUGCUUUUGUUGGCUCUUAAUCUGGUUCUUCUCUUGGUGCCGGCUCUUUCAAAGAAUUUUAGCCAGAGCAGAGAGGCCUCGUCAGCUUUUCCUCACCCUUUCCCUUUUGUGUCGCACCCCAAAACUGAAAGGCCCUGUCUUGAGGUGUUGUCAGACCAGAAAACAAGAAUAAGUGACAUGUGACAAGGACACAAUGCUUGGAUGGGCCAGCCAAAGCAAGUGGCCCCAUCUGCUGUGGGCGAUUUCUCUUCUGCCGGCUGUCUCCCGCCUCAGGUGCGAGGGGCCAGGGAGCGAGGGCUGCGAGAGCUGAGAUGGUGGCAUCUGCCAGGCGAAGCAGUUGGCAUGGCCGGGAGGGCACGGACCCCCUCGCUCGCUGCAGCACGCUGUCGGCCAGCCUUUGCACAAGCGCAGGUUAUCCGUCACUCAUCAGGUUUCUGAUGCCUCAUCACUUUCUCAUGUUCGACACAGACUCUGUGCAGGACAAGAGUGUCAGCAUGUAAUGAAAGGUUUGAUUCAUUGGGGGCGACAGAGGCGGAGGUCACAGAACUCCUCCAGAUAUGAUCCUGACUGAUGCUGAUGGGAAAAGCUCUAAGAUAGGUGUCGUAAUUAAAUGUCUUUGUGCCAAGUUUCUUAGCUGCAGCCGUUCACUCAGACCGACCUGUCGUGAUCAGAGCUCAUCACACUGACUUCUGUGUGUCUGGUAUUGAUGAUCUUCAAUACUCGCUGAUGAGAAAAAUUAUUCAAAAUUAUGCUUAUUUGAAGCACAGCACCCCCACACAAAAAAAUGUCCAAAAAAAAAAUGUCAGACAUAUUCCACUAUGGAUGUUUUAGCAUAUAAAACUUCUGAUGCAAUAUCACGCAUGAAUAAAGGCUGGCAAAAUUAACAUAUAUAAUUUAAUUCCUGAAUUAUUCAGACAAAUGUUGUUGAAUAAACCAUGCAGGAGUAAGAUGUCCCCAAUAAUAUUACUGUGUUGAAAUAUCUUGUGAGUACCGUUUCAAGAUCAAUCAUAAUCCUCAUAUCGCAUCAAAAAAAAAGAAAAAAGAUAUAUAUAUUGGGACAAAAACGCAGCAAAGCUGACAGUUUUCAUACCGAGCAACGACUGUUUAUUGAAACUGAAUUAGGAAAGAAAUUGUGGAUAAUAUUUGUCUGACAAAUAAUAUCAUUCUGUGCAGAAGCUAUAGUGGGGGGGGGGGGGAAAAGUUACGUCUUGUGAGAAGAAAGCAGAAGUGCUCACAAAAGCUUUCGGUGAUAUUAUACAUUGACAUUUGUGCUGAUCGCAUUGUGCACGUUUUGUUGAAUCUGCUUUAUUAGAGGGAAGCUGUUUUUUCCCCGUUGCUAUUAAUUUGUGUUUCUGUGGGUGUGCAGUGCGAGAACAGAGAGAUGUGGUUAACCCAUUGUGAAGUUAGCCAUCAUCAUUAAGAUUCCACAGAUAACAGGCAUGCGGAUUUCUACCGCUCAGCAUUAUAGGAUCCCAGACAUCAAAGGCAGGUCUUUUUUUCCCCUCAUUCUACUGUGUCUGCGGCACGGUGAAGGGAAGAGAAGAAAAAAAAAAAACAGGAAAGGAGUUAUGGAGUCAGGAAAAUAAGGCAGAUUGAGGGAAGAGAGGAAAGCGUGUAUAACCUACCUGCACGUGGAUCAGGUCACUAUUUAAUGUGUUCGCUGCCACAGAGGUUUCCUUCUGCAUACUUAGCCCCUUGCUAAAUUGGCGUCCUCUCUGAUUAAGUGGCACACUCCUUAAUAACGCUGUGGCUGACUAUAUGUUGGUUCACUUUAAAGAUCAAGUUCAUUUCUCACCGUGGUCAUUAAAGUGCAGGUCUGCGUAAUUCAAAUCAAUUCACUUAUGCUAUUUUUUUCCCCCCAGCAUCUCCAUUUCUCUCUUACCUGUAACACCAUUGUCAGCUCCUAUUUAUAUGCUGUCUCCUAUUUUUUUUUAAUAUCUAAUGAAUGUAAAGGUACCACCAGUGUUAUUUUUGCAUUGUACAAAUCUCGUAAUACUAUUUUCAGUUCCAUUACACUGAUAUUACAAUGAAGUUCCAUCUUAAUUCCGAUUACUGCGUUCAGCCAUUAUGCUUUUUGCCAUUACAUCACCGUGAGCUGUUCUACAGUGAGAGUGUUGAAUGUACGAGAGAGAGAAAUAUGCUGUUCUCCAGUAUUGUAGUGGAUUACAGAAUCAAGGUCGACUCACAAGACACAGAGCAGCAUUAUCCCUUAAUCCUGUGUUUUGGUUUCAAAUAGCCUUUUUACUCCUAAUCUUCACAAGUAAAAUGACAAACAUGAAUACUAAGGUAGGUAUUUAAACGUGCAUUACCUGCGAUGUUAAGGUCAAAGGCUUAUGCUAACUUAAAGUGGCUCUGUAUUUUGUGAAAGAACAGAUCAUGUGUUUGCCACGUAUUUUGCUGCAGCUAUGUAACAGAAGACAAGGGAUUCUUGUGAUGAAAUUCCCUCAGGCACUUGCAGUCGGAUAAGAAAAAGUCUCUGAACUUUUCAUCCAAACUAUGAGUUAUUUGUUGUUUUUUUCCACUGUUUUAUUUAGACUCUGUAAUAAUUUGAAAGGAGAUUUCUCAAUAAAUAUUAUUUCCUUCUCCCCAAAAUUCAUUUGGCCUGCUGUACCUGGGCACGGGGAGGGCCAGCCUCACUGAGUCAACAGAUAUAGUGAGUAGAUGAGUUACAAUAAUGAGGAAGGGCAGCUUCAGCAGCCGGCUCUUGUGUCCAUCAGGUUCAGCUGAAGCAGAGCCGGAGGAAACUUAAAGGUGUUGUGAAAGACUAAAAGUGGGCCAGCCGCUGCUGCCUCCUGUUGACCUACCUUGUUCAGAGGGUCCAGGUACAGACUGAUGACAGGACUCCUCCUCAGCGGACCACAUUACUAAUGUGUGAGGGUGCAAGAGGAGCACACCCAGUGAUGAAUCACUCCCCUGCACCCGUGGCAUCCUCAUAAGUCAAGAGUAAAAGUGUUGAGAGUGCGCUCGGUAAGAGAGCUCCUUCGUCCUGUUCACCAUAGAGAAACUCCGUCCAGGCCCGCUGGAAGACUGGAGGGGGGGAAGGCUAAGUGGUGCGCAUAGCCCGAAGAUCUCCCUCAAUCUUGAGGAAAACAUUAGUCCCUCUUGAGGGUCACUUGUUUUUAUGAAAGCUCAUAGAACUUAGGAAAAGUUACUUUCAUGCUUGAACAGAGGUGCUUUUUAAUAAAUGAGAGUAAUCUACCUCGCGUUGAUCGGGACUGCCUCACUGGACCGACUGCAUUACCUGAAGUCACAGAGAGAACAUUAAAUAUAUGUUAGUUUAAGCUAAAACCGUUUUCUUCUGAGGGCUCCUGCGCUGAGCAUUCUCGGGGAAGGGCACUGCCUCAUUAUUCACUUUGGUGUUUCAGGAGAGAGAAUAAUGGCCAAAUUGUUCAGCCUAAAAGCCAGCCGAGAAAAUCUUUCAGCUAUUUAGAAGUUUUAUAAUAGAUUUUUUUUUUAUCAUUGAAAAGAACUUUACUCAGGCAAGUCUUGUACAUCACAGUUUGCUUCUCUGUUUUCUUCCCGUCUUCUAGCCUUAAACCAGAAGGUUAACUAUUUUAGUUUACACACCUCCCCUCCCCCCUGAGCUGAUGUGGGGCUAUAUUGGUGAUGUUGGGGGAGUGUGUAAGUUUGACGCUGGGUAAUACAUCACACACUCCGGGGGGUCUCCCUGGUAUGCUCCUCAAUAAUGAAGUUCAUUCGUUAACUUCUCCCUCAAAGGCCAAGUUCCCCCGCUGCCCUUUUCAACCUCCAUUGCAACUCUUACCAGAGUCACCCUACACACAGAAAAAAACACAUCAUCAUGCUUUUCCCCUUGACAGGCUCAGUGGUUGCCUUUGCAGGUCAUGAAGAAUAAGAAGGUCCAUUACCAAUCCCUCAUGCCUGCUUAUAGCCAUAAUUAUCACAGGGAAAAUGACCUGCUCUGUUUGGUUUGCUCGGAGAGGAGCCGCGCUUCCCUAAUCGCCACCUCCUUCCCUCCUGUCGCCCUCAUGCCAUGGAGAUGGAGCUGGUUUUGGGGGAGUCUUGCCAGUUCAUUAGAAUUCACAGGGUUCCACCUCCCUGCCUAGCCAGGCUAAGCCUCUCACACAGGCUGCCAUGCCUGCGAUAAUCUCCCCUCCUCGUUCCCUCUUGCUCCUUCUCUCUCUAUCCUCCUAUCCCUUUCCUCUCUGUCCCCAAGGGCAGCCUCACACAAAAGAGAUGCAGCGCAAUUCAUUGUUGAAUAUGAUUUCUAUUGAUCUAUUUAAAAUUUGUGCCGUGAGUUAUAUGAUAGCACUUAAGCGGUGCUGGUGAUCUCUCUUUACCGCUGCCUUUUUUAUAUGAUAAACCAAAUAAAUAACCUUUGUGGAGUAACUUUCUGUAUUUUUGUAAAAGUGUAUCCAUCAGUUGUCCAUCCACUUGCAGUGGGCAGGUUGUGAGCACUUGUGUUGCUGCUGAAGUGCACAAAGACAGAAAGAAAUGGCCUGGAUCUACACUUAAUUCAAAUAUAACUGAGAAACAGCACAUACAAUUAAACAGCUACUAAACAGAAUCGUGAAUAAAAGCAGCUAUUUAUUUGUGCUUAUCAUAUUAUGCACAGCCUCUUGCCACCACCACUUAUUCCUGCAUCUAUUCUUGUAUUUAUCCUUUAUUGAACUCGGAAGGCUCCAUUCUGAUACUAUUUCUCUUCUGGGACUCCUUGUCAAGGAUGGGCAAUAAUGAAAUAAAAGAUUUAAUAUGUAAAUACAAGCAGGGUCUGCUUGUAUUUAAAAUGAUAUAGGGAAAGUAAAAAGCACGUGUUAAAGGCAGUGACUCAAAGUAAUAACUCAUGCCUGAAAGGGGUCAUUUUCUGCGUUCAAUGACGAGAGCGUUGGUCAAUCCUUGACUUCGCUGCUAUGUUGACUCAGUGCUUUGAAAACAUUUGAUUGAAUUGGUUUGGCAAUUUUUUUGUUCAAAAAAAAGAUUUAAUGCAGCUCUAUAAAUAUCCAUGGCAGUAAAACAAGAGGCUAUAGCCUUGUCAACCAUUCACUAUAAGCACUGUGUUGUUGAUUCUGAUUGCAUGACAGUUGACAGUUGUGCACUUCACCUAUGUAGGAAUGAUAUGCUUUCAUAGCGCUUCCUUUUGACCCUGCCGUUCUAUAAAUAUUGUGUUUGCGUGCGUUUGCAUUGAGUGACAGAUGGAAAAAGUGAAAAUAAUGCUGAGCUGGCCGUGGGGCUACUGUGUCUAUAGAUGAUGAAGGGCAGUGAAUAUUGUUACAAACAUGGAGUCAUCUAAUCAGCGUGUAAGUGUAAAGAUGCAAAAGUACAAGACUGGCUUACAGCUGCAACAUCGCUAGACUAGACACACUGCGCUGCUCUGUGGAAAAUCCAUUAGCCGUAAUGAGGUAACAGUUUCCUGUAGCUACACAUUAUACCAUAAUACAACAUUAUACCAUGGCACAGCAUUGGCAUGUGGUUUUUAAACUCCCCCUGUCCUUAUUCAAACUGGUCUCUUAAUGCAGCCCUCCACAGUCCUCUGGACAUAACCCAAUAGUGUCCUCUAUUUUCACUGAAAUAGAUAUUCCCUUUGUUGUCUGUGUGAUUUAUUGAAGUCUUCCCACAAGUGGAAGCCCCCAGGAAAUUGCCUGGAAUGGCCCUAAAUUGGUUUAUGAUUGUGUGGUGUGGGCCGGUGCUGUUAUGGUUCUAAUAUUAUGCCCUCCACUCCUUGGCAUCUAUAUUAAAUUGAUCUGUAUUGUUUUCAUGGAGUGCCUGUUGGAGCUUGUUAAUUCUGCCACUGCUUGGGGCGGCUGGUGCAGCUCCAAACACCCAGGUGGCUCUGUGGCAGGAAUAUAAGCCUCAGCUCUCCGAGAUGCCUCACAAAAAGAUCGGGACGCGCAAAUUGAGGAAGUUUAUAAGUGUUUAUCUUGUGGGGUCAAAGGCCACGAGGUGCAACGGCACACAGGCUGCAUGUCCUCGGUCUCAGAGGCCAAUCCAGAGUUGCAAGAGUUAAUGUGGAUCAGCUGCGUGGUGAGUCUGUGCGUGGAAUGGCUACUGACAGACUGUUAAUGAGGCCAUUAUCAGCUUUGGUCCUCUCCUCUCCUCCAGGGGCACCAGUAGAUGCUCUGCUCCUCAUCUCAAUUGAAUUUAAUUCCACAGGGCUUGUUUACAGUAAAUACAUUUGCCUGAAUUAAAGUGUGAGACACUUGACUGGGAUGGACUCAAUGCAGAAAUGUAGUAUUUUUUCUGUACCAGUAGUGCGUUGACCGAAACUUUAUCUCUAUCUCUGUUUUAUAAUCAGGAACAUAUAGAAAUGCCUGAAAUGAUUCUAUCGAUGGCUUCACUUCACCACAUUUAAUACCCACAGACAUUUCACCGUCAGUGCCUCUGUGGCUUAAUCAAUGCUCUAAUGAACAAGUAUCAGCAGCAUAUUGGCAAACUGUCACCGCUAAUGUGGAGCAGUCAAGGAAGAGUGUGAUCAAGACUAAACGAAGCAGCUGUCAUGGUAACAUCUGUCCUUAGGUAUAGGCCUGGGACCUCAGUGUUUUAACAUAAUUAUAUACAGUUGGGGAACUAUGUUUGUUGUAGAGCUGAAAGAAUUGAACACAAUCCACAUUGGUUUAUUUCCCAAAUUACAAAAGAAAAUGAUAUAUUUAUUCAUACCUAUAUGUUGGUAUAUAACCAUGCAAAUGUUUAUGAUUUUAUUUGCCCAGGCUUUGAGAUAUUGAUCACUGGGAUAGGUGUAAUACAGAUUCAAUACAGUGAAGGUGAAUGGAAUUAUGCUCGUCACAGUACUGAACAUUAAGAGACACACAAAAACCAUCCCAAGGGAACAUACUGCCAAUAGCUUUCAUAGGUCUUUGGUUGAAAGUAGUAUUACUCCAUUUUGUGUGUCUGUGUUUCCCCUUAACUGUGGAAUUUUAAAGUUAUAAAAAAACAAGUGAGUAGACAAUGAGACCCUUUGUGAUCUAAAACCUUGUUUGGUUCACAGAAAAUCUGAGUGGAAAGCUACUUAUUUAUACCCAAAAAUGAUUAAUCCAGCUGAGUUUCCUGUGUGCUACCGUUAUCUUGAUUUUAAUGUGACAUUUUAGAAUAAUUUUUUUCUAACCUAUAACCUAACCUAUUGGGAACCCCCUCAGAACCUCGUCUCCGCACCACGUACUUUGAAUGUACGUAGACAAAACAUUAGCUUCUCCUUACUUUCUGCUGAUGACUGUAAUACAGAUGUUAUCCUCCUCCUCCUCUCAGAUGUUCUUGGAUAACCAACCAAGCGACUCAACCCAGGCUAUCAUCUCAUGUGUUGUUGUUUUUUCCUCUUAACCAUAGCUCAGUGUUAAGCUGCAGAGUCUCACGCGUCUGCUCGUUCUAGACAGACUGAUGCUGCAGCCAGUUCCUGAGAGACGACCACAGAUAGUGGCAGUUAAACAUGUUCCUGUGUGGGACUUGGCCCUGACUCAUCUGGUGAACUUCUAUGCUGUCUCUGACAUCACAUUGUUUUGAAUAGUUUUACUGGAGCUCUGUCUCUGGCUGGUUUGUAUCCCAGGCACGCUUCAUUUGAUGCUAUCAGUCUCUGAAUGAUAUUUUGUUCAUUAGACGGUGUGCAGUAAGAGACCGGUGUUGACACAACGUGAGCUAAUGUGUUUAGUGACUCUAAUGGAUCAUAGAGGUCCUAAUGAAACAUUGUCAUGGGAAGAUUUAUGUUGCAAGCUGCUGAGUCCUCAUUUCCAUUUUAUAUGUGGUUAGAUGUACCUUUAUUCAAUGAACAAUAGAAGACAUCAAAUGAAUAUGGAUAUUUAGUGUGUAAAAUAGGGAUAAAUAAAUUGUCAAAUUACAUUGUUGAUAUCAAAUUCUUGCCAUCAUUCUUUGGCAAAGAUACCAUGUUUCUGUAGUGUUAUUAAUAUCAUGGAGAAUGUGAAAUGAACCUCCAGAAUUUCAAAAUUCAAUAUUUAUUCCGCCUUUAAUUUUUCAAUUUCAAAUAUUGCAGUGACUGAGACUGAAGCUUUUUGAUAUUUGUCUUGAGAUGGGGAUGAUAUGUGCGGCCAGCUUAUUCAUGGAAAUGCCAAAUGCAACGUGGUUAUUGGCCAGGGCUGGAUUGCACUAAAACCAGAAUAUAGUAUCAGAGAGAGGCAGCUGGUUAGGAGUCGGAACAGAUUAUCAUAUGAGAGAGGAUGAGCGAGGAGAGGGGGAGGUGAAAGACAGUGAGAGAGAGAGAGAGAGGGGUAUAGGGACUCGAAUGGAAAGCGGGGGGCCAAAGCGAGGGGCACGGGAGGGAGAGAGGGAGAAAUGAUAGCAAGAAACUCAUCGCCAGGUCGCUGUGGGGUGGAGGGGAUCAUCCAAACCCUUCCGUCACUAUCUUGCCUUCCUCACCUGUCAAAAAGAGUGUGUGAGAGCCGUCUGAGUUGUGCGGGGAGAGAGAGAGAGAGAGAGAGAGAGAGAGAGAGGAGGGAAAGCAGGUCCUCUGAGGGGUCAGGGGAAGAAGCUGAGACUCCACUCAUCUUCUCUCUGAGCAGGGCCCACCGCUGCUUGCAGACAUCUGGCCUCACACUGAUCACUCAUAUCUACAGACAGUGAGGAGAAGACGAGCGGAGCGCUUCCAUCUUUGAGCCACAGAAAAAUUACACUUCCCCUCUUAUCCAUCCUCUCCACGCUUCUCUCUCUCUCUUUUUCCUUUGCUUCCUCCUUCUUUUGUUUCUUCAGCUCUUUUUCCCCUUCAUCCCCGUCUACAGCCUUUUAUCCCCUCUUUGACUCUUUUCUUAUCCUUGACAUUGCACCAUUUUAAAGGCAAAAAAAAACAGGGAAGCAUAAAGGGGCAGAGAAAGAUUGGGAAAAACCGGUGUCUGCUAGAACUGGUUCUGACUUUAUCCUCGUACUGAAGAGAUAAGCCAGAGAAGAUAGUGAGAGUGUGCUGUGUCUAGCAAGCCGGUAUACAAGGCUCUGACUGCAAUCAGUGGGAAGAGGGCCAGCUUCCCUGCCUGAGCUCUCAGCGCCCCUACUGGCUGCACGCUGUGCCAAUCAAAGGCUGGUGGGUGGGGAGCAGUCAGACAUGAACACUGAUGUCACAGUCACAUGGAUUCUGGUGUGGUCAUGCUCGGAGGCUGAGAGACAGAGCUGUGCUGGCCAGCUGCUGCUGAGACAGCAGUGGAGGGCUUUGCGCUGGUGAUAGUUUUUCUCUUAUGGACUCGAAGCUUAAUGAUGUAUUUUGUGAUUUCAGCUAUGAAAGCUCAAAUCGAAAUAAUUCCCUGCAAGAUCUGUGGAGACAAAUCAUCAGGCAUCCAUUACGGUGUGAUAACAUGUGAAGGCUGUAAGGGCUUCUUCAGGAGGAGUCAGCAGAGCAAUGCAGCCUACUCCUGCCCCCGUCAGAAGAACUGCCUGAUCGACCGCACCAGCCGCAACCGCUGCCAGCACUGCCGGCUGCAGAAGUGCCUGGCGGUGGGCAUGUCACGGGAUGCGGUGAAGUUUGGCCGCAUGUCGAAGAAGCAGCGAGACAGCCUGUACGCUGAGGUCCAGAAGCACCGGCUGCAGCAGCAACAGCGUGAACACCAACAGCAGCCUGGCGAGGCGGAGCCACUCACACCUAGCUACGGCCUCUCAGCCAAUGGCCUCACGGAGCUCCAUGACGACCUCAGCGGCUACAUGGACGGUCACACCCCCGAUGGCACCAAACCAGACUCCGCGGUCAGCAGCUUCUACCUGGACAUCCAGCCGUCCCCUGACCAGUCAGGCCUGGACAUCAACGGCAUCAAGCCGGAGCCCAUCUGCGACUUCGCCCCCGGCUCUGGCUUCUUCCCUUACUGCUCCUUCACCAACGGAGAAACAUCCCCCACCGUGUCCAUGGCUGAACUAGAGCACCUGGCCCAGAACAUCUCCAAGUCACACAUGGAGACAUGUCAGUACCUGAGGGAGGAGCUGCAGCAGAUGACCUGGCAGGCCUUCCUGCAAGAGGAGGUGGAGAGCUACCAGAGCAAGCCCCGGGAAGUCAUGUGGCAGCUGUGUGCUAUCAAAAUAACAGAGGCCAUUCAGUAUGUGGUGGAGUUCGCCAAGCGCAUCGACGGCUUCAUGGAGCUGUGUCAGAACGAUCAGAUAGUGCUGCUGAAAGCAGGCUCUUUGGAAGUCGUGUUUGUCAGAAUGUGCCGUGCCUUUGACUCGCAAAACAACACCGUCUAUUUCGAUGGAAAAUAUGCCGGACCUGAUGUGUUCAAGUCAUUAGGCUGUGACGACUUGAUCAGCUCCGUCUUCGAGUUUGGGAAAAACUUGUGUUCUAUGCACCUGUCUGAGGAUGAGAUCGCCCUGUUCUCCGCCUUUGUGUUGAUGUCUGCUGAUCGGUCCUGGCUCCAGGAGAAAGUAAAGGUGGAGAAACUCCAGCAGAAGAUCCAGCUGGCCCUCCAGCAUGUCCUGCAGAAGAACCACAGAGAGGAUGGAAUUCUUACAAAGUUGAUAUGCAAAGUGUCGACACUGCGAGCGCUGUGCAGUAGGCAUACAGAGAAGCUUACAGCUUUCAAAGCAAUAUACCCAGACAUUGUGCGUGCCCACUUCCCCCCCUUAUACAAGGAGUUGUUCGGAUCAGACUUUGAGCAGUCCAUGCCCGUUGACGGGUAGCAGCCCUGCCAGGUGCCAGUGUGCCCACCGUAGGGGAAUGUGGAGGAGGAAUCUGAGACACUUUAUUGGUGCCCUGCACAAACCAGAGUGGACAGACGGCACGCUGUUCAACUUCUUCUUUUACAUUGGAGGGGAGGGCUUUUAGGGAGUUGAUUCUCAAGGUUUACUUUAUUGAAUUUAGUUCUCUGUGGAAGACUAUAGUUGGACCCGACACCCCGUGGGACAUGAAGAGGAGAUGGGCACAAAUAAGUUUUGUCUGGUUGAAUUUGACCUUUUUAUGCACAUUUCUAACAUGGAACUCAAGACCCAUUCAUUUCCACCAAUAUUUAUUGCAUUACAAUUGUGAAUCUGACUUGUAAUCAUAGAAACAAUUAAGGAGCCACUAUUGACGCUAAAACAGCUGAAGACAUCUCAAACAGAGAUGAAGGUUGAUGAUUCAACAUCAGUAUUAUUUUUCAGAUCACACUCCCAAAACUGCUUCAGAAUUUGUAUUUUCUCUUUUCAUCCUUGAACACAUGCCUGAUAAAUGCGCACACUUUGGUCAAGUUCAGCCAUGUUUCUCUUGCGUUGAGUGGUGUCUUUUUUGAACGCAGUGCUUGGAAUGAAAACUCACAGCAACUUUAGGGGGAGGCUCCGUCGGCAUGGUGAUGCAAUCGGCAAUUCUCUAUGGACAAUCGUUUAAAAAAGAAAAAAAAAGAGAAACAUAGAAUUCUGGUAAUUCUAAUGAAACCACAAUGAUUUUAGCUGUCAAAGACUCCAUCCACCAUUGUUGCAUAGUGAAAUCAUGUAAGGCCAUCUGCUAUUAAUCCUUCUCUGGACAGGUGCCCUGGAGAAGCGAGGGGCACCAACACAAUGAAAAGGGUCCAUUCCACCUGUUUUAUAAUGUACUACAGGGUAUAUGGUCAUAAGUACUUACUAUACAGAAAAAAGUAAUGUUUAUAGAAUCUAUUUUAAAUAACAUGUAUGAUAUUAGUAGUUAGACCAUUCUUAAUUGUUGAAUUGAUAAGGCACUUUUAUUUACACCUUUCUUUAAUUUAAGACGUGUAUAUUUACCUAGUGAUGUGUUGCAUGUGCACAAGAAAUACAAGUUGAACCAUGGUCACAGAGGCUAGUCCUGGGAGCAACAGCUGAUUCUGGUGUGGAAGUGUUAGGGCUGCGUGUCAGGGGGGCUGGCGUGGUGGCUCGCGGGCCGACAAAGAGGCGUGUGUGAGGAGGCGGCGUGGAGACACUCAAAUCACCUGUUAACUCCGAGGUAUCGAGAGCAGUGUAGCUCUGUGAUAUGCACACAUACGAUAACAGCCAACAACCCUGUUCUGUGUUACGAACACACUUUGACUGAACGGCAUUUGUUUGAACCCUUGUAAAAUUCAAGAAAACAGAGCUCACUCUCAUAUUCUCAUAUAUUCCUCAUAUUUCAUUUGGUAGUUUAUGGUGAAAAAAUAUAAUUUACUGAGUGAAGAAAAUCUCAGUCACGUGUAACAAAUCAAUCUUGAAUAUGUGGCUGGACUGGGAUGAUCACACAUUGAUGGUAAUCCAAUUGGUCCAUCUAGUGGAGGGGAAAGAUACAGCAUGCUAGUUACCAGCCUAUUGAGACACAUAUCUUCAAACCUAAAAGCACAUUUAUGAGCCUCUCAAAAUAUUUUGGGGGUUUUGUUUUUUUAAAUCUUUAUUUUUGAGUGUCUCUAUCCGCCUCCUUGCCGCAGCCUCGGCCCGGCAACGCCACAACAGGACACAGAGGAAAACAGCGAAGGGAAAGUGAAUAUUCAAAGCCUUGUCUGGUAGUAAAGCUUCUAUUUUUGUAACAUGUUUUGGUUAACGAACCCACGAAAAAGAGCGAGGGAGAGAAAAAGAAGUCAGGUAGCACUUAACUAUAUUCCUGCAAUAAUUAGACUAGCUGUUGUUUGUACGAUUAGGGGAGAAACAUAAAAAUGUUAGGACAAGUGCUAUUUUCAGAAUGCUUUGUUGUUGUGCUUCUGUUUCGUUGAGUGUGUCUUUCUUGUCAGUGUGGUUAGUAACGUGGUAGAAGAAAAAAAAAACCCUGGAUGUGCCAAACAGUAGUCGUUGCUUCUGCUUUCCAGUCUACUUGUCCGUAACGUAGAAUGGAUUCCUAAGACAUUCCAGCAAUCUCAGUAGCGGCGUCGAGAAAUAUCGUUGAAAAAAGAAAAACAGGAAAAUAAAAAGAAUUUUUUAAAAAAAAAUUUAAAUAUUAUAUCCCUUUAGAAACCCAACAAAGCAUGUUAACACAUCCGUCACCAACCGUAACAUAGGAUCCAGUUCUUUGUCUUUUGUGUUUUUGUUUGCACACUAUCAUUCCUCUGCCGUGCAAUUUGUACAAGGUGUUAAUGCCUUGUGCUGUCACCCCUCAGGGAAGAGUUUUCUUUUUUUGUGCUUUGUGUUCGAGAGGACAUUUGUUUGUACUCAUUAGGUUUUGUUUAUGUUUAUGUUCAGGAAUGUUCCAUGAGAGGAAACGUUUGAAUAUUCAUCACUGAAUUGUUCAGGAUUUUUACAUUAUUGAUCCUCUAACGGGGGCCUCCAGCCACUCACAAAAAAAUCAACAACACAGCGCCAAGUUAAAAAAAAAUCCCAUCUCAUUUGUAAAAAAUAAAAGUACAAACCCCAUCAUUUUCACAAACCGUGGUUUUAUGAGUACACACAGCAUAUUUGUGACACACACAAAAAAAAAAUCUGAUUUGGUUUCAAACGGUGUCAUCAGGGUCUUUUAAAAAAAAUGUUAACCCUCUUUGUUAGAAAAACCAAAUAUUCUUAUGCAAUACUAAAUCUCUUGUGUUUUGGAUUGUAGUAGAUAUGCUGUACCUAAGUAAUAAUCUCUGUUCUCAUCCAAUGCUAUUUGGAUAUGCACAAGCCCUCUAUAUGACUAGCAAACCUCAGUCUCCCAGAGAAAAAAAAAAGAAAAGAGAAACCCAGUCUGGAACCACUGCUAGACAAUCCAGGUUGAGCGGCCCGGCAGGAGCAGCAGAGAGGAGGAGGUGUGAAUGCUCAGGGAGGUAACAGGUAGACUGAAGAAGCAGCUCGCUUUCCUCUCGACUGUCUCUCAGAGCAUCGUAAUUAGCUCUUUUGUGAAUUUGUGAGCCCUCGACUGAUAGAGAGGAGGUCACGAACAAGCAGUACGACGCUCACUGUUCAGAAAACAACCGCGAGACGGACAUUAGGCUGAUUUCCUGUUAUUUAUUCGCAUAAAGAAAAUGUGCUUUUCUUGAAAGUUGUUCGAUUCCGUACGAGGUUCCUUUCUCAUGAAGUGAAACAUUUGUUUUAAUUCAGGUUUAAAAAGCUGAGCGACUUGUACUAUGUUCUACAAUAGAAAACACACAAUAUGCCUUGUGUUGCAAUUACGGGUCUCUACAGUGCAGUCAUCAUCCUUUUUUGAAUUGACCUUUAUUCACACGGCUGACGCAAACUAAAAAGUAAUAAAACCCCAUUACUCUGUUUUCAUCGUCUUAUGUACUGAUACGGCUGCGGUAGUGGCAGGAAAUGGUCGUCAAACACAUGAACACUUGUGUCCAAGUAUAAACUGCACCUUCGCACAGGCCUGUAAAGUGAUGUCCUUCUGUAUAUUCUCACUUGAGAGAUCCCGCUCUAAGCAAGGGGUCGAUGCUAAGUGUGCUAUUCAAUCAGUGUAUAGUAUACAGUAAAAUGUGCUGGUCCUUCUGUCUCUGCUCUGUUGUCUUUGUAAAAAGCAAUAGUAUGUUUGUGUGAGUGUGUGUGUGUGGGUGCGUGUGUGUGUGUGUGUGUGUGUGUGUGUAUUUGUGAAUAAAAUAAACCCCAGACAAGGCUUUAAUAAUUACAGAGGAACAGGGUUAUGUGGAUGAGGACGUCUUGAUUUUAUUUUAUUUUUUAAAUAAAGGUUUUGGAAAAUGCUGAGCUUGAUCCAUCCAUGAUAGGUGUAGGUGAUAUUUAAAAAAAAAAGCAUGACAUAAUGCCUUCAACAAUUCAUAGGUCUGCAGUUUGCUGUGAAUAAACACGGCCCCAAAAAAAACAGGCUCCUCCCUCCAGCGGCGCGGCCACAUGAUUUCUGGACUGUAAAUUGUUAAAAUGACUCUCAGUGACCAUAAAUUGUGAAGAUGAGUGUUAUGUCACGCUUUAAGUUGUGCAGGAGUGUCGGUGUGCGUUACCCAGAACUAUGAGUCGGUCGUCACAUUUUUAACAGAACUCGUUUCUCUAAAGCACAGCUGAUAAGGAUUUAUGAUUAAAAAUACGUUUAAGAAUAUAGUUUUAAAAAGAAAAAAAGCAACUUUUAGCCAUAAUCGAAUGUCAAGCAAUAAUAUAUGUCUGUGUAUUAUUUUUGAUUCUUUUGUGCAUAAUAGUCUUUGAACAUCUGCAUGUAAAUACACCUCUUAUUUAUCACUUUAUUUUUUUGGUUUUUGUUUUAUUUUUGUUGUUGACUUUGUGGAUGUUUUUACGUUUCAUCUGUAUAUUUGACCAGUUCUGUUCCCAGGUGGAGAACUAAGAACUUGACAUGGCCUGUAUGCUGUAUCUCUUAUUUUCUCACUUUCUCUCUCCCUCAUUCUCCGCUGUUUCUUCACCAUAUUUAAUGUUAUUACUGAUUACGUGUAUAAGGUAGCUCUGUAACUUCUGUCUGUAUAGGUAAGAGGAAAAUACUGCUACUAAGGCCUACCCAGUGAAACUAUUUAUCUGUUUAUCAAUUCCACCAUAUUGUAUGAUAACUCUGUUUCUAGUUUGCUCCCCUCCUUUAGGAUUAGUUUGAUAGGGACAGGGUGUGCUGACCUUUAUUUUGUGUUGCCCUGAUGUGUGGUGCUAGGUAAGUUAAUUUUGUGAACAAAGUAUUGAUUCCUAAGCCUGGCUGCCCUAUUAGCCCAUUCAUUUCAUGGCAUAUUAAUGUAUUAUUGAUAUUAGGACUUAAAUAAAGAAUAAGAGUAAUUAAAAUGAUAGUGAUACAUUUACCCAGCCAGUACCUGUAUCAGUGUGCUAGUCCUGGGGUAAGGCACUUAUUUCCUUCUGACGUAUAGCAAAGCUAGUAUCUGCUAAUUAACAAGCUGUUUAAGGUUGCCUCUCUGGUUUGUGGAAAAUAUUGAUGAUGAUAUUCAAACAGAAACGGCAGUAUUGUGUUUUCUCCCCCUUACUUUCUUGUUAAAAACCACUCACUAAGACUGUAGUUUGUCAGGUUUUAAGAUACUAAAUAUUUACCUCUCUUGUAUCUGCAUUGCUCUUCACCUGAUGCAGGGAAGCGGUGCUCGGAUUUCAUUACACAGAGUCUCGGUAUGCUUAUGUUAAUCCCCCCCUUGUUAGAUUAUCCCUGAAACAGUGGUUCCUUCAAACCAGUGGCAGAAACGGUUAUGCACCACGUGAAGUGUUUAUGAAAUGUACAUGAGAGAAUCGCCAUUUGAGGACAAAGUCUCUGCACUCUGUAGCAAAUAUCAGUAAGAAUAUACUUGCAAUAAUACACAGCGUAUCACACUGAGUGCCUCUCGGUGUAACAAGAUGCAUACAUGGUUUUGAUUGUCUCCUCUUUUUUUGUGGUUUUCCAAAACGUGUAAUGAUGUGACAAUGUAUUUUGUACAUGAGGAUGAAUUCUCACUCUCACACGCUUCAAAUGUUUUUUUUUCCCCGGGUUCUUUCUUUUGUGUGGAUCGUGGGUUGAAGCCUGACAUGGAAGGGUUUAAAUGUAUAGACGGUCUGUACAUGUCAUCCCUCACCUUGUCUGAGAAACACAAAUGGGAAAUUUCAUUUUAUGGUCAAAUAAAUGCUCGCAAAUAAUAUUACAGAAAAGCUCACUCGUAGAUUGUUUGCUUUGAUUACUAAUCCGGCAUUUGUUCAUGUUCUGUUCGUUUUUGUAUCAACUUUUUUUAUUUUAUUUUCACUGAGAACAGAAGAUUUUCUGAUGCAUUGUAUAUCAAGUAUUUGCAUCUGUUUGUAAAAGAGGAAAUACAAAACAUCUGGAUUUCUUUAAUGUUCUGUGUUCAAUGUGCACUCAGUCGGUCGGGGUAACUUUACAUGAAGGGCGUUUGGAGCAGGGGUGGAUUUGGAUUCUUUCUGUUUCUUUUUUUUUUCCAUGCAAAAGCCGUGCAAAUUAUGGGAAAGCCGAAACUAGUGUGUGGUUGUCAAUUUCUAAGUCACUCGUUUGCUACUGAUGUUAAAAUGGGGACAGAUGAUCAUGUACCUUUUUAUCCAGCUCUUUUGAACUCUCUUUAGCAGGUAGUCUAUUCACAAACGUAGUUUUGCUCCUUCUUGUCUGAUUCUUAAAUAUGAAAAUAAGUAUUUUGAUUCAUUUUGUAAAUACAGCUGUAAAGAAAAAUAAGAAAUUUAAUGUUGUCUUUUAAAUACUUUUCAUUCUAAUAUGAAUGUUGUUAUAUUGUACUUAGAAACUGUACCUUUAAUAUUACCUUUAUUAAAAGUGCAUUGGACACAUCGAUUUUAGAUGUGCUUUAUGUGCUGUUAUCCCAUAAUAAAAUUUACCGCUUGUAA